AUGGAACGACUUACGGCGCUGUUGCUGUUGGCGCUUAUCGGAAGCGGUAUCGACGAUAUCAAUGCUAAACCUUGUACCACGAAAGAACUGAGUGUCUUCAAUGUGGUGUCUGACCAAGUGAACAAAUGCCUCAAAGACAGCAAGCUGAAUUUUCAACUUCCGCCGCGCUCGAGUCUCUCGAAAACGCAACAAUCAGCUUUGUGCAAGUCAAAGCCCUGCCAGGAGAUGAUCGGUUCCGUCGAUGACUUGGACAUUCCUGUUUGUGAGUCUGCCUUUAACGAGAAGAACAUGACCCUGCAAACGAGUCUCGAUACGUUCGUGUCAUCGUGCGACACGACCACGCCGGCUCCGUCUCCGAUCAAGCGGCGUAAAUCGCUUGAGAAAUCGUCUGGAAGCUCGGACUCGUUUUACAAGAAACGCGAACGCACGAACCUGGCGACUGCAGUCCAAUUUGGAACGCUGCAGCAGGUAGUCGUGCUUUUGACGAUGGGCAUUCUGUCCGUGGGACUUGUGCUUCAGUGA